UUUCUGCAGCACUACUGGGCUCGCCAAACCAAAAGUUUAUCAUCACUAACCAUCGACAAAAACAACGUCGUCUGGUAGUAUAAAAUUAACGAAGAUUUUUUCCCGUACUGAUAAAAGCCGCAUACAUUCUACAUGCCAAUAAUCGAGCCCAACGACUGACUGUGAGCCACGUCCUGCGUCACCGCUAGUAUUCCAAUCACAUCGAACGGUUAGCACCUGAAUCCGCUGAAUCCACUGAAUCCACCUCCACCUCAUCGUGCCCACCCGCCAUGGACUCUCAUUCGCGUUUCGCACCGAGAUUACCAGGCCGUCAAAAUACUUAACUGAAAGCAUUACUUGUCCCGCCAUCAAUCCGAUCGUCGAUAACUCGGAUGAGCCCCAACCCAGUCUCUCCGAUCUGCACGACUUUGAGCCGAAGCUAGAGUUUGAUGAUACCGAGCUGCUGGCCCCAUCUCCCCUAGAAAAAGAUGUUAUGGUCGGUGAUUUCGUUCUGGCCGAAGAUCCAGAACUUGAACCAGAGGAAGAUGUAAAUCCGCUGGAGGACGACUUCGAGGACCAACUCAGGGAACAGUCUGAAAACUUUCAGGCCCCCAGAAACAAGUGCGAUUUCCUGGGAACCGAUAAGCAGGGUCGUCACAUCUUCGGCAUUUAUGCAUCCCGCUUUCCCGAAAAGUCUCAGCUGGAAGGAUUUGUGCGAGAAAUCAUCAAGGAGAUCGAACCGUUUGUGGAGAACGACUACAUUUUGGUAUAUUUCCAUCAAGGACUCAAAGAGGACAACAAACCAUCCGCACAGUUUCUGUGGAACUCGUACAAAGAACUCGAUCGCAACUUCCGGAAGAACCUGAAGACGCUGUAUGUGGUUCAUCCGACGUGGUUUAUACGGGUCAUCUGGAACUUCUUUAGCCCCUUCAUCAGCGACAAGUUCCGCAAGAAGCUAGUCUACAUCUCCAGCUUGGACGAGCUGCGCCAGGCGCUCGGCCUGAACAAGCUGAAGCUGCCAGACAACAUCUGCGACCUGGACGACAAACUGAACCCCAGCCGGAAGCCAUCGACACCGCCGCCCAGCAGCAGUAUAAAUGCAUCCCGGCAGCAGCAGCACAAAAUGGCGACGACGCAUCAAUUUGGUGUGCCCCUGAAAUUCAUCGUGAUGAACAGUCCGUGCUUAAACUCCAUUCCGCCAAUUGUGCGCAAGUGCGUGGACUCGCUGUCCAUAACGGGCGUGAUCGAUACGGAGGGCAUAUUCCGUCGAUCAGGCAAUCACUCCGAGAUUAUGGCGCUGAAGGAGCGCGUCAACCGAGGCGAGGAUGUAGAUCUAAAGAGCGUGAAUGUCCACGUUAUAGCCGGCCUGCUGAAGAGUUUCCUGCGCGAUCUCGCCGAGCCGCUGCUGACCUUCGAGCUGUAUGAGGAUGUGACCCGAUUCCUAGACUGGCCCAAGGAAGAGCGUUCGAGGAACGUGACGCAACUGAUACGCGAAAAACUGCCAGAGGAGAACUAUGAACUGUUCAAGUACAUUGUAGAUUUCCUGGUCAAGGUAAUGGACUGCGAGGAUCUCAACAAGAUGACCUCCUCCAACCUGGCCAUCGUGUUCGGUCCCAAUUUCCUGUGGUCGCGCAGCACCAGCACCUCCCUGGAGGAGAUCGCUCCCAUCAAUGCUUUCGUCGACUUUGUGCUGCAGAACCAUAAGGACAUCUACCUGAUCGACGUCAAUCAGCGCACAGUGUCCGUCGACUAACGACUGGCCAGCCACCAACAAGUCCGUAAUUGUAAAUUGUUUGAUUUUAAUGUUAGUCCUAAGUGAACCAAUGGUUAGCUAAUGAGAGCACACAAAACGCAACAGAAACUAGAGCUGAAGGCAAUGUCGUGUAUAAAGUGUACUGUAAUCCUAAGUUCAAUUUUAAACUGUGUGUAUGUGUGGAACUGCUUGUAGCCCCAACUCCACGCCAACUCUCUCCCCCCAAUCACAAUUAUUUACCCCCAAUAAGCGCUUAAUACGAUUGAUUUACCAAAGAAAUUGCUUGUGUUCGCUCAGCGACGAACAGAAGAGAAAUUCGAUAUGAGAUGUUAUUAUUAUACUACGUAUUAAUCCAACGCACAUUCCCCCAAAACCGAAAACAAAUCUUGGUUGCGUUGCUGAAUGCACAUGCCACGCACAAGUGGAGUUGUGGCGAACUCAAAAAUCGUACUGUGUAGAGUCUUGAAUUUCCUUAUAGUCAUACAAACAAUUUUUAUAAAAUAACGAUAUUGUUAAAAAUAAAGCAAGUGUUAAAACAA